GGGAGGCCUGAGGCGGUCCAGGCCCGGCCCGCUGCCGGCGGGAUCUCCGCGCUGAGAAGGCUCGUAGGUGACGCUGGGCGCAGCCGUUCCCGGGCAGUUUUGAGUUUGGGAAUUUAUCACAUACCAAUGAAACUAGAAUGGGGAACUAUCCGUCAAACCUGGGAGGGAGAGCUAUGAACAAAAAUAGCAGGGAAUGUCAUGCUUUUAAACAGGAGAGAAACCUACUGAAUAGCCAGAACUAGGCCCAACAACCGACUAAUGGAGGUGUGCAGCAAAAUGGGUUGAGUGAGUGCAGAGCCACCUUAUUCCACUUUGUUCUUGCACUGUCUUCACUCUUGCUUCAGUGAGAACUACAUAUCUAAAUGGGUUUGUUAAACUGGCAAAGAAGAACAGACAACCUCUGGUGGAUUUCUGUGUUCAUCAUGUUGUUUCACCAGUGCGGGCUGAGCUGAAAUUUCCUGCAUCUUGGGGAGAGCAUGUAUAAAAGGAAUGAGCUCAUGGCCAAUGUGACGGUCACCUCCGCCACUCCAGAGGGUAGUAGCAGCUCAGAUUCUCUGGAAGGGCGGAGUUCAGACUAUGCCAAUAAAAGCUAUGAUGCAGUUGUAUUUGAUGUGUUGAAAGUAACUCCUGAGGAGUUCGCAAGCCAGAUUACGUUGAUGGAUGUGCCAGUAUUUAAAGCUAUACAACCUGAGGAACUAGCAAGCUGUGGAUGGAAUAAGAAAGAAAAACAUAUCCUCGCUCCAAAUAUUGUUGCCUUUACUAGGAGGUUUAACCAGGUCAGUUUUUGGGUUGUACGAGAAAUAUUAACAGCACAGACCUUAAAAAUAAGGGCAGAAAUACUGAGCCAUUUUGUGAAAAUAGCUAAAAAGCUUUUGGAACUGAAUAAUCUUCAUUCUCUUAUGUCUGUGGUGUCAGCACUGCAAAGUGCACCCAUCUUCAGACUGACCAAAACCCGGGCCCUUUUGAAUCGUAAAGACAAGACCACCUUUGAGAAGCUAGACUAUCUACUCUCUAAGGAAGAUAAUUAUAAAAGGACACGAGAGUACAUCAAAAGCUUAAAAAUGGUUCCUACUAUUCCAUAUUUAGGAAUUUACCUCCUGGAUUUAAUCUACAUUGAUUCUGCAUAUCCCGCUUCAGGCAGCAUUAUGGAGAAUGAACAAAGAACCAAUCAAAUGAACAAUAUUCUCCGAAUAAUAGCUGAUCUGCAAGUCUCCUGUAACUAUGAUCAUCUUACAACACUGCCCCAUGUGCAAAAGUAUUUGAAGUCUGUUCGUUACAUUGAAGAACUUCAGAAGUUCGUAGAAGAUGAUAAUUAUAAAUUGUCAUUAAGAAUUGAGCCAGGUAACAGCUCUCCUCGACUUGUUUCUUCCAAAGAAGAUCUUGCAGGUCCAUCUGAUGUGUCGGCAAUUAUGAAAUUUGGCAGAAGACCCACGUGUCCUGAUGCUUCAGUGUCAGCAAGUCUACCUACACCUCCUGUACCAAGGCACAGGAAGAGCCAUAGCCUGGGAAACAACAUGAUGUGUCAGUUCAGUGUAGUGGAGAGCAAAAGCGCCACCUUCCCGACGGAGAAGCCGCGGCACCUCCUGGAUGACAGCGUCCUGGAGUCCCACAGCCCAGCCCGCGGCCACGCAUCCAACUCGCAUUUCACCAACGGCCUGUCCAUAGAUAGCAGUGAAAGCUCAGAAUUCAGCGAGGAGCUGCCGUCAGGGCUUGAAAGGGGUCGUUUAUAUGCCACGCUGGGGCCUAACUGGAGGGUACCGAUGCGGAAUUCUCCUAGGAGUCGAAGCUGUGUCUACAGCCCAACAGGGGCCUGCAGCUGCACAUUAGGUAGUUCCCUAGGAGUCAUUACCAUGGAAGGGCCAUUAAGAAGAAAAACAUUGCUCAAAGAAGGCAAGAAACCUACGCUCUCCUCAUGGAUGAGAUACUGGGUUAUGCUUUCAGGAUCAACUCUUCUGUACUUUGGAGCAAAAUCUUUAAGAGGCACUGAAAGAAAACAUUAUAAAUCUACACCUGGUAAAAAAGUCUCCAUAGUGGGCUGGAUGGUGGCACUUCCUGACGACCCUGAGCAUCCUGAUAUUUUCCAGCUAAAUAAUCCUGACAAAGGCAAUGUUUACAAGUUCCAGACUGGCUCAAGGUUUCAUGCAAUAUUAUGGCAUAAGCAUUUGGAUGAUGCAUGUAAAAGCCACAAGCCUCAGGUACCUGCUAAUCUAAUGUCAUUUGAAUAAUUUGCUCUCCUACCUGGUGCGACUUCAAGUGCCAAACUGAAGAAACGGGCUGUUGUUCUCUAAGGAGGAAGAGGAGAAUGAUUUUCCUGACAUGAGCCAGCCACAAAUAUUACAGCACUUUCCUAUGUAACUUGAAAGUGAUUCUGACAUAGCUUUUAAAAGCAGAAAGUGAAUGUUGUCCUUAGGACCUGAUACAGUCUCAUGCACUGAGUGAAAGCUGACAAGUUAGAUGGACAGAAGAUUAAUCCUGACUCCUGCAGGAUUCUAGAGCCCUCAACUUCUUGUGGUCAGAGACUGCCAUGAACUGAUGUCUGACCAGAAACUGAACAUGUAUCUUCUGCCUAUUCUUUUUUAAACAGUUCUUUUUAUUGUUAAGCUGCUUUGUGUGACUGAAAAAUAUUUGGCCCAUGUUGGGUUUCAAUUCUUUCUAAUGCACAGAAUGAUUGACAGUGUUAACUUGCUGUAAAGUGUCAAUUAGAAUAGAAAAUGGUGGAACAACAUUUUUAUAAUCUAAGUGCACUGAGCUGCUUGGCAAUGUGGCUGCCUCAGAUUUUGUAUCAAAUCUCUGGACAAUUCUGCUGUUCACAUUUGAGCUAUUUGGGAAAACAUGUAUUUUGGCACAGGACAGUUGAUUUUCUUUCCAUUCAGUUAUGUUACUCAGGAAUGCCCUGACAGUGGAUUUAAGGCAGUUUAAAUUUGUUAUGUUACAGGCUGUCUUUCAUUCUCUUCCUAGUGGCAUAGCUGCUUAUAAGUUUGGGGUUUUUUCUUCAGUCUGAAUGUUGUUCAUCUUAAGUCCCUUGGUGCAGGGAAGAAGGUAAUGAGAUGUUAUGUAUCACAUGGCCAUAGCUUCUCAGAAUGAUUCGAUAUGAUCGUUUCUGUUCUGCCUUUCUGUGGAUGACUCAGCUCGACUCAAUUCCAGUACAUGAUGCACCUUUAUGACAUACAGUGCUGGCACAUGGUACUGCUAUUACAAAAUUAGGAUGGCAAUGAAAGGUAGGGAAAACUAACAGAAGCCUCCAAACCAGUGUCCAGAGAACAAAACAAAACAAAAUACACCAAAAAAAAAACCCCAAACCCACCAAAAAAGAAUGUACCUGAGCCGCCUUCUCUGAAAGAACUUUCUGCAUCUAUAGCUGUAUCUUCACUGCGCCCUAGCACUCCUAUGGUCAGAGUUUUUCUCCGUUCCCAUGCUAAGUUGAGCACUUUUUCAGUCUGAAACUCUUGGGCCAUAAGGCAUCAGUAUCCAGACUUCAUCACUCACCAGAAAACCUCUUCUGAGUUUCCUAAGGUUGAACAGAGGAGAGAUUUGCAAGCCAACCUCUAGCUUAUAAAC